AUGCGGCAAGCGGUUCGGGAAGGCUGUACCUUCCGAGGCAAAAAAGGACGAGUUAAGGCAAACAUUCGUGGCUGCAGGGAGGAGAAUCGCCCCGGCACGCACAGCCGCACGACGAUCACUGCGGAAAUCAUUCCUCCCGCUCUGGCAAGGGAAACGGAAAGCAGCGCCGUGCCGGGGGCGGCGCUUCCCCGCCGCCUGCAGAUCGGAACCCCGCGCCCCCUCACGCCCUCUCGCCCCCGCCGCAGGGUGAACCCGGGCUUCCAGGGGCAGCUGAAGCUCUACGAGGCGAUGGGCUGCGCCGUGGACACCAGCAGCGCCCUGUACAAGCGGUACCGGCUGGAGAUGCUCAGCGAGAGGUUCUCCGAACCUCAAGACUUGCCCCGAGAAGUCUUUGCAGUUGAUCCUACCACUAUAUGUCAAAAAUUGAACACAGAGAUUCUUUACAGAUGCAGGAAAUGCAGACGCGCUCUGUUCCGUAGCUCCAGCAUUUUGUCCCACACGGAAGGAAUCGGACUGACAGCAUUUGCCCACAAGAGGAUAACAAACUCUGCACGGCUUUCUGGGAAUGGCCAGGAAAAGUGCACCUCAUACUUCAUCGAGCCUGUGCAGUGGAUGGAACCAGCAUUGCUCGGAGUAAUGGAAGGACAGCUUCUGUGUCCCAAAUGCAUGGCAAAGUUGGGCUCCUUCAGCUGGAGAGGGGACCAGUGUUCCUGUGGCCGCUGGGUGACUCCGGCCUUCCAGAUCCACAAAAGUAGAGUGGAUGAAGUGAGGACGCUGCCAGUUGGUAACUUCCAAAUUGCCAAAACCUGAACUCAUCACUUCACUUGGUGGAUUUCUUAAUACCUACUGAGAACUACUAGUCCAUGGUUGCCAGGAAAUGAGUUUAUGACUUCCACCCCUUUGUGAGGCAGAAUUACUUGAACACCUUCAGCUUGCUCUAUCUCUCCGUAUGUUCUAUGAAAUAUCAGGACACUUUCUACAAAGAGGUGUUACAGGGUAACAAAUCUACAAAAUAGGUCAAAUGUGAUGUCAUUUAUGUUUUGCUGUUCACAGCAGGUCUCCACUCCUUAUUCAAGGGGAGUUGCUGUGUCCAGUAGUGCUGCUCAGCUUCUGAUCCAAAGUGUCAAGUGCCCUAAAAUGGUACAAUUACAGUUGGUUUGCAUGCCCGGCCACAAAAGGCAAACUUACACUUUUAUUGUAUUAAAAGUAAUCCUAAAAAUCCUGCCCUAAGAGUAUUUACUACUUUGUAACUCUUUCAUGUAAUGUGUGAGGAGACUGUGCAAGCUGUAAUGGAAUGAGAGAACUGAAGUAAAGAGUCCAUGCCAAAUUACUGCUUACAGUUUUAAAGAAAUCCCUUAAGUGAUGAAGUAAUUUUUUUUAAGCAAGCUGUGACCUUUUGUGAUGGGCUGCUGUGUA